AUGACCGUCCCAAGCCCUCAUUCACCUCGCCCUCUACGUCCGAACGAACGUAUCUUGACCAAUGAAGAUGGUGGUAUCACCACGCCUGCGCGUGCACCUUCACCCGUCCACGAGUUCGGCACGCUCGCCGUUCACGCAGGAUCCCCUCAUGAUCCCACCACGGGCGCAGUCAUCGAACCUCUCUCUCUAUCCACUACAUUUGCGCAGACUGCUGUCGGCAAGCCGAUCGGACUGUACGAGUACAGCCGCAGUGCCAACCCUAACCGGGACAACUUUGAAGAUGCAGUCGCUGCCCUCGAACACGCCAGAUACGCGCUGGCAUUUGCUUCCGGCUCAGCGACAACUGCGACCAUCCUCCAGUCCUUGGCGGCUGGCUCCCAUGUCAUUUCGGUAUCGGAUGUCUAUGGUGGAACUCAUCGAUACUUCACAAAAGUGGCCCUCGCGCACGGAGUCGAGGUGACCUUCUCCCCCUCGAUAGAGUUAGACGUGGAGGAGUUGAUUCGCGAGCAAACGAAACUCAUCUGGAUCGAGAGCCCUUCGAACCCUACCCUGAGCUUGGUCGACAUUAGAAAUGUGGCUACAGUUGCCCACCGGCAUGGCAUUUUGGUCGUGGUUGACAAUACGUUUCUCUCGCCGUAUGUGCAGAAUCCUUUGGACCACGGCGCCGAUAUUGUGGUGCACUCCGUGACAAAGUAUAUCAAUGGACACUCGGAUGUGGUGAUGGGGGUUGCGGCAUUCAAUUCGGACGAGCUCAAGGAACGGUUGACAUUCCUCCAAAAUGCCAUCGGAGCUGUUCCCUCUCCGUUUGACUGCUGGCUCGCCCACCGCGGUCUGAAAACAUUACAUCUUCGGGCUCGUGAAGCAAGCAAGAACGCCCUGGCUGUAGCCAAGGCCCUCGAAGCAUCCCCCAAUGUUAUCGCAGUCAACUACCCAGGUCUCGACUCCCACAAGCAGAGAGCCAUCGCAAUUAAACAGCACCGAGACGGGCUCGGUGGUGGGAUGCUCAGUUUCAGGCUCAAGGGCGGGCAUGCCGCUGCAGAGCGAUUUUGCCAACAGACAAGAAUCUUCACCCUUGCUGAAAGUCUUGGUGGCGUCGAAAGUCUCUGUGAGGUCCCCAGCGCCAUGACCCACGCAGGCAUUCCCAAGGAGCAGCGUGAAGCUAUUGGCGUCUACGAUGAUCUCGUCAGGUUGAGUUGUGGCGUCGAGGAUGCCGACGACCUGAGAAAAGACGUUCUGCAGGCUCUGGAGAAGGCCGUUGUUGGACCAAAGAUCUCCAAUGGCGUGAAUGGCGUGAAUGGCGUUGAUGGCCCAUUGCCGAGGAGAUGA